UUGAAAUUGAUCAAUUGACAGCAUACUCAACCUCAUUAUAUUGAACCUCAUUUUUGUAGUUUAGUUUUAAGUUUGUAAAUUUGAAAUUGUUCUUAAGUUGUCAUGUUGUUUUUCUUCGUAUGUCAGUAAAAAUAAAAUAAAAGUAGAAGCGACUAUAAAAGGCUUUAAAAUUGUUAUUUCUGUUUAGUAUUGCGCAACAAUCCGGCGAUUGUCUUGCGGAAGUAUUGUUUGUAAGAAUAUGUGCAAUUUGUAAGAUUCAAGAGGUGUUUUAGAAGCAAUGUUCAAUAAAUGAAAAUUUCCUGUCAACUCGGACUCAAUUAUUUCUUCAAGAACCCAACCCACUGUAAAAAUAACAACAAGUUUGCUAUUUGCAGCUGUACUUUUGCGAUAUGAGUAAUUAGGAUAGCUUGUUAGUUUAUCUAUUGCAAUGUCUGGGUCAAGUAGUUCACGUGGUGUAAAUUUAAUAAUUAUUGACAGUCGACGCGGUGGAAAAACUUUAUUACGUGCCGGACAUAAAUAUAUUAAACGCAGAGAAAAUAAAAAUUCAAGUACUUGGCAUUGUGUAAAUAGGAGAAAUAGUAUUAAAUGUAGUGGAUAUAUAACUAUUGAGAAUACCAAUAAUACAAUAAUUAAAGAUUAUAAACACAGUGAUCCGUGCGUGCCACAUUUUGAAGACAAUGAAGUUCAAAUGGCUAUAAGUGAGUGCAAAAAAGAAGUAAAUUCAAAUUACGGAUCAGUACAGAAAAUUUUCGAAAAACACAUGGGUAACUUAAAAGACAAAGGGUUACACCUUACAGGAAAUGUUCCUGACUAUAAAAAAUUAAAAACAGUAUUAUACAGACACCGAAAUAAGUCGUUGAACGUACCAAAAACACAAUUUAAGAAUGUGGAAGAAAUUAUAAUACCAGAAGAAUUUAAUAAGUAUGUAUUGGCUGAUUAUUGUAAUGAAGACUGUAAUCGAAUAAUUAUAUUUUCCUCGACAGAAGUAAAGGAACAUAUAAAAUGUGUAACGCAUUACUUUGGUGAUGGCACUUUCGACGGCUGCCCAAACCCAUUCGAACAAGUUUAUGUCAUUCAUGGAGACAUGGGAAGCACUGACUUAUCCACGAAUGUAGCACCAUUAUUUUAUAUUCUGUUAAAAAACAAAGAAGGGAAAACUUAUGAAAAAAUUUUCGAAUUGAUUAAACAAACUUUGCCUGAAUGGCGUCCAUCGAAAUUUACCUUCGAUUAUGAAAUAGGAGUAAUAAAUGCAGCAGCGAAGAUUUUUCCUGAUAUCAAAAUAAAUGGAUGUAACGUACAUUUUCAAAAGAACGUUAUCAAAAAAGCGAAAUCUUUAAAUCUAAUGGAACACGAAGAGUCCUCGAACCAUGUUAAGCAAUGCAUAGGCUUGGCGUUUUUGCCAAAACAAGAUAUUGAAGACGGCUGGCUGCAUAUAAUGGAAAAUAGUUUCGACGAUGAAGCUAUGACCAAAUUCAAUGACUAUUUUGUCACUCAGUGGCUUGAAUAUCCAGACCUCAUUUGGUGUUGCCAUAAUGAACGCCAUAGAACAACUAACUUGGCGGAAUCAUGGAAUGGCAGAUUCAACAAAAUUAUUGGAAAAAAUCCCAGUUUAUUAUUGUUUCUGCAAACAAUUGGCAACGACACAUGUCACUUUGAUAUAAAACAAGCCAACUUUCGACUAAAAAGAUCACCUAUAAAUUCAAGAAAAAGAACAAGUAUAGAAAUCGACCGCCAGAUUCAAAAGCUAACAAAAAGUUACGAAAAUAAAGCUAUCUCCAUUGGUGAUUUUCUGAUUGACAUAUCAAAGUCAAUAUUUCGAUCAGAACAUUUAAAAAAAUAGUUUAUUUUAAUUUUGUUUUUAGCCUAUUAAAAUGUUAUAUUUACAGUAAUACUUUUCUGAGAUGUGGAUUUUUUAUAUUUUUUUUAUUGUUGAUUAUUGGUAAUUAAUAUUAUUGAU